AUGUCAGAUCUUGACUUGUCCUUCAUCCCGGCCCUGUACACCCCGCCAGCGCUUCUACCCAUCUCCAGACACCGAGCCAGUCUGCUCUACACCAUUGAAACACACCAGGUCACGGUGCUAGUGGGUCAGACAGGCAGUGGGAAAACGACUCAACUGCCUCAGUACCUGGAACAGGCAGGAUGGUGCUCCAAUGGGAAAUGCAUAGCGGUAACGCAGCCCAGGAGAGUGGCCGUCACCACCGUGGCCUCGCGCGUCGCCGAAGAGAUGAGAUGCCAAGUUGGUGAACAGGUUGGCUACUCAAUUCGCUUCGAAGAUGCCACGUCCGCCAAAACCAGAAUCAAAUUUCUCACCGACGGUAUGCUGUUACGAGAAGCCUUGAUUGAUCCAUUAUUCACCAGAUAUUCCGUCAUCGUGAUCGAUGAAGCUCACGAACGGUCACUCAGCUCUGACAUCCUGCUUGGCCUACUGAAAAAGGUGAAGAAGCGACGGCCAGAAUUGAGAAUCAUUGUCAGCAGCGCAACGCUCGAAGCGGAACGGUUUGCAGAUUUCUUUAGGGAUCAUGACGCUCCUGACAGUGAGCAAAAAUGUCGAAUCGUCAGCAUCGAAGGCCGAACAUAUCCCGUGGAUGUUCUCUAUCUCGAUCAACCGACGGACGAUUAUCUGGAGAAGGCCGUACAGACAGCCUUUUCAAUACACCAACAGGAGCCGCCUGGCGAUAUUCUUGUGUUCUUAACAGGCAGAGAAGAAAUCGAAAGAGCUAUGCAAAAGCUGUCGGAGUUAGCAUCAACGCUAUCCUCACAGGCACAAAGUCUCCAGCCUCUCCCUUUGUAUGCAGGCCUCAGCACAGAAGACCAAAUGUACGUCUUCUCCGAAGCGGCGGAGAAUACCCGUAAAGUCAUCCUUGCUACGAAUAUCGCAGAAGCCUCCGUCACUAUCUCAGGCAUUGUGUAUGUUGUUGAUUGCGGAUUUGUAAAACUCCGCGCGUUCAACCCAACCACAAACAUCGAGACCUUGACCCCUUUUCCAACGUCGAAAGCCUCCGCUACCCAACGAGCUGGCCGCGCAGGACGGACCCGACCAGGAAAAUGUUUUCGCCUCUAUACACAGCAAUCUUAUAUGACGCUUCCAGCAACAACCACCCCAGAGAUCCAACGGUCCAAUCUUGCCCCCGUGGUCCUCCAAUUGAAAGCACUUGGAAUUGACAACAUUGUGCGUUUUGACUUCCUCUCACCGCCGCCCUCGCAGCUCCUUAUUCGCGCAUUUGAUCUACUCUAUUCGCUAGGCGCGGUGGACGACUAUGCAAAGCUUACUUCACCAUUGGGAACACGCAUGGCCGAGCUUAGUGCUAUCCCACCCAUGAUGGCCAAAUGCCUCCUUGCUUCCUCCUCGCCACAAUUCGACUGUCAGAACGAGAUGCUCACUCUCGCAGCGAUGACGUCGUUACAAGGAAACGUGUGGUUUCAUCACAGCGGAGAGAAAAAGGCAAUGGACUUGUCAAGACGGAAAUUUGCUGCUGAGGAGGGCGACCAACUCACGCUAUUGAAUGUUUAUCGGGCGUUUGUGACGAAAGGGAAAAAGGAGGCGAGAUGGUGCCAUGAGCACCAUCUGAAUUUCAAGUCGAUGCAAAGAGCCGUGAGCAUCAGGAAUCAACUGAGGAGGUAUCUUGAGAGGUUGAACGUCAAAGUGGACAACUCACAGGCUGCCACGUCUAUCAGCACCCAAGAAAAGGACAAGGCCGGCAACAUCUUGAAGUGUCUAGUGACAGGCUACUUCUCGCAGGCCGCAAAAAUGCAGCCUGACGGGACGUUCAAAUCCGUGUCGGGAAACGUCACCAUGUACCCACAUCCCACAUCUCUCCUGUUCAACCGGAAAGCGGAGUAUGUGGUGUUUCACGAGGUGCUGGAAACCGGCGAGAAAGUAUAUAUCAAGGACAUUUCGAAGGUAGAGAAGGCCUGGCUCGUGGAGUUUGGAGGAGGGUAUUACAAUCUCAAGAGUUAG